AUGGCCAUCUCCAAGCUCACUUGCAUCUAUUCUGCCCUCAUCCUUUACGACGAUGAUGUUACAGUCAUGGAGGAUAAAAUAAAUGCCCACAUUACAGCGGCAGGUGUAAAUGUUGAACCAUUCUGGCCAGUAUUAUUUGCAAAGGCCCUGUCCAAUGUCAACAUUGCAAGUCUCAUCUGCAAUGUAGGAGUUAGUGGACCUGCCCCAACAGCUGGUGGUGCUGCCCCUGCUGGAGGGGUAUCUCCUGCUAGCUCAGCGGCCCCAGCUGAGGUGAAGAAGAAAGAGGAAGCAGAAAAAGAAGAAUCCGAGGAGUCCAAUGAUGACAUGGGCUUUGGUCUGUUUGACUAAAUAUUUUUUGUAAUAUUAAAUAAAAAGCUUAACUCAA